GGGAAGGAUGCGGGUACAGCUACUAUUGGGGAAUUUUGAUUUUGCUCUUAGCUGUCGUUUCAAAACCUGUGUGCAGUGCGUUCGCUAUAAACGAGUCGACGUUUUUGGUGUCAUUUUGCAUUUGAAAAAACGGCUGUAUUCUCCACGUUGCUGUCUAUUUGUGAACUGGCGUAAUGAUGUUUGUUUCAGAUGUAUCGUGCUGUCUGUCAGUGAAAAAUAAGGCCGUAGGGCACACACAAAUAAAUUACCAAAAGGUUUCGCAAGACUUAUGAAACGAUGCCGUGCAAAAGACAGCUAAUAAUUCGGCGAUUCUACGUGGUACAGAUAAAUUUGAUUGUAGAAAACAUAGUCAUGUGCUGAAUGCCAUAAGAGCUAGCUGGUGGAUUGAGGUCUGAUUAAUUCUACGUCUUUUUAUUUACUAGCUUUGUCUGCCUUUAUAGCCUAGCUAAUUGCUCUCGGAAAAUGCUACAACAUGUAUGUAUUUAACUUCCUUUUUAUGGCGGAUGAAGUGACAUCUUGGCUGUAUUUUAUUGGCUUUCCAAAUAACUUAACUCGGCGCACCUGUGCCUGGAGGACCGAAGACGGGCGCCGAUGUGUGCAAUGGCUGCACCGCGGAGAAUCCAACUGACUACACUUUCAAACGAGGCCACUCUCCUCCAUACUAUCUGUACCAGCCAUGUCCAUGAAGAAUUUCCCAAACAGGAUGUAGUCGCUGCUGAAUUACCGCGGACGGAGACUUCAGCUUCAGAUAGAAUCGAACUGGUCCUUUUCGAGUCUGAUGAGCGACGUUGCCCAGAAUUUUACUAUCCUGAACUUAUCAAAGUGAAGGUGACAGCUGAAACCAGGCUCAACGCUUUGGAUGAGGCGGUAACGGACAAGGAGAGAGAUGAGCUGGAGUACCUGGCUAGAAAGUUUGAGGAGAAAUAUGGUGAACCUCCUACACGGCGAAAAGACAGAUGGCAAGAUUUAGUGGAUAUGGGUUACGGAUAUGAUGAAACCGACUCUUUUAUUGACAACUCUGAGGCAUAUGACGAGCUGGUUCCAGCCUCCCUUUCAACCAAGUAUGGAGGAUUUUACAUCAAUUCUGGAAUUCUACAUUUUCGCCAGGCUUUUGAGGAAGGUGAAGAAAAUGAGAUGGAUGACUUUGAGAAUAACAUUAAGUUCAAGAAACGGAAACUCAAAGAAGGUGAGGGCAGGACGAACAAGAAGAGAAAAGAGGAUUUGCAGCCAGAGAAUGAAAAUUCGAAAAAAAGCACACUGCCUGGCAUGUCACCAGAAGAAAAGAAAAAGAAAAAGAAAAGCACCAAGCCACAGAGUAUUGAUGGCAUGCUUAGAAAAUUUCACAAGGAGAAGCUUCAGCAGCUGCAGAUGUUCAAUGUGAAGGGCAGUGACGGACUUCCUACUCCGGCUGACUGGGCCUUUGCUAUCCCAGAAGAGGCUCCAGAAGAUCCGCUCUUGACGCUCAUUGGUUCGGCCAGUGCGGAUGAGCUCCUCCAAGCGGUGAAGGCUGUGGACCAAGACUUUGACCUUGAUGGGCUUUUGACUGAGGAGCACAGCACUGCUCCUCCAGAUUUGGAGGAGAACCGAGAAACUCGAGUUGUAUUCCAGCCUACCAAGGCAUCUGUUUCACUCCCUGAGGGAUUACCUCCUAUGCUAUUGCUAUGCAUCCAAGAACUUUGUCAGGUAACCAAAGAAAUUGAAGGCGAGAAAAAGUUGGAGGCUCUUGCUCCUGAAAUAAACAACGUUCUACUGCAUGUGGAAGUUAAGUCCAAAGAAUUCCCUGAUAAGGUACGUUCUAGAAUCUUCUCCUACCUGGCAUCACAGCUUUCCUGCAAGAAAACCACUCUUCUUAAGAGGGCUAAGAAACUCCAUCUUCUUCACCUGGAUGAUCAGCUGAGGGAUCUGCUACUAAGACUAGAAGGGGCAGUUGCGCGAACCAUGCCAGAGCAGAUUGACCGUUUCAAUGGCAACUGCCAAGCUCACUCAGAAGCCAGAGCUGCAAAAUUGGAGGCUGAAAAAGAGCAGAGGGCAAUAGAUGGAUCAGAUGAAGAAGAUGAUGACAAAAGUGGAAAACGGAUCUUUGGGCCUCGCAAGAGGUUCAGAUGGACAGAGGAAAUCAGGGAAUUGCUGGGUGAGGUUGUGAGACUGAAGAUGAGCAGCUAUGAACUUGAAGCCAUCACAGGCCCCAGCUUGGAGGAAUACCUAAGAACUUUCCUGGAAGCUGAAGUAAAGCCACUGUGGCCCAAAGGAUGGAUGCAAUCCCGGAUCCUGCUCAUCGAGAGCCGCAGAGUGCACGGACACAUAACAGGUGUAGUGGCAAGGAAGAAAUCCAUGAUUCCAAAAUCCAAAAAGGUUGGCUUUUCCUCUGAGAAAACUGGCGUUGUCCAGGCUGUGUCAGCAAUGAAGGGGCCACUAGGUGGUGCCACGGCUCAGCGAAAGCGCCUCAGUCUACCCUUGAUUGUCCAACAAGCCCCUCAGCAUGCCAUCUGUAAACCUCCAUGUGCACAAACAGUCUAUUUUUCUCCUCCACUGCCCAAGCUGAGGGGAGAGGGAGGGAGAUCCUCAUUAGGUGGGCAUCAGGUUUCCAUUGAGGGCGAAAAACUUGAUGUUGAAGAGGAGCUUGAGGGAACCGGGAAGAAUGCAGCCAACCCCCAGGCGGUCUCCAUUGCAGAGAGUCUGCUGGCUAGCCCAGGUGAACGAUUGGCCACGGACUCUGGAGUCGGUUCGGCUUCGAAGACUGCGUCCAACUGUGGAGGGGCUUCAGCUCCAAGUCAGCUUCCUAUGGGGGAGAAGACAUCCCAAAAGCUGACGCUGGUAUCUCCACCUGCUGCAGCUGAAGGCGACACAACUGCAGUCCAGGGCGUGGCCAGACUGCUCACUACAACCUCGUUUUGCAAAGCUCCAGUUUCCGUGACAGUAGCUGCUGUGGAGGGCUCUUGUGGCGAUGCGGCCCUCCCCACACCCUCUCUGUCCCUCCAGGCUCCGUCUUACCCCAAUGCUCCACAGUCGGGGGCUUUGACGAAUGUAGUCCCCCUGCAUGCAUUGCCCUUCCCUGGGCUAGCUUAUGCUGGCAAACCUUGCCACAACCACACCUGCAAAGACAUGCUUUCUGGGCCAGCAAAUGGUACUUUCCAGUAUGGUCUCACACAUGGUAUUUACUCUGCCCUGUGUUCUAGUGUCCUGUAUCCUCUCUCUGGUCCUGUCUCCUCCUCAUCUGCUCUUCAUGCUUUGUCUCCUAGGACCCAUCCUUUAGGUGGAAAUGAGAUCCAUGCAGAGGGGCCCAAUGCACAGAGAAAACUGCACUAAUGGCUUACGUCAGAAAGGAGAAACAGAUGAACAUUUCUUUUCCAAUACUAUUCCCACAGGGACUUAAAGAGCUGAGUGAAAGUCACCUUAAAUGUUAACUACAUGUGCUUCUCCUAUCCUAGUAAAACAAUAUUUAAUAUUUAACUAGUAAAAAAUACUACAUUGUCAGCAAGCCUCAGUUAGAAAGGCUCCAUGAUAAAGUAGGUAAUUCAGUCUGCAUUCAAACGUUUGUGCAUUAUGACAAUGCAAAACAGUGGCAAUGUCUCUAAUUAUAAUUAAUAAUAAUAAAAAUAAAAGUGGAAGUCCGUUCUUUGCCUUAUUGUGAAAUCUGCACUUUGAGAUGCCAGGGUUUUUUUGUUUGUUUGUUUUUUCUUUGACCUAUCUAAGGUAUUUGGUGUGAAUGUAAUGGCUGUUUCUCUUCAGUCCACUGGCCAAUUGCAUGCAAUUAUUGGUCAAUUCUGAUGCAAACUUCCCAAAGAUCGUGGAACAGUGGUAUGAAUUUUGUGCUUGUAGACCCAUGUUCUGCAGUGGUCAUGGGCUGUGAGUUUUCAAUCAGUUGGCAUUCCGUUAUUUUUACCAACUAUGUGAUGUGACAUGAAGGGGAGUCAUUUAAAAAUGAACACAAGUAAGCAAAUGUGCUUUUUUUUUUUUUUUUUUUUUUUUUUUUUUUUUCUGCAUAAGAAUUGUUGGAUUAUAUUGAAUAUAAAGGAUUUCUGCAUUGUACAUCUGAGAAAGGGAUUUUUUUUUUCUUUCCCUUGUGAAAUUAAAAAUGACACUUCCUAUAUUCUCAGGGAUUCUUAAUGGUGGAGGGGUAGCGUCACAUUAAGUACAAGCUCAUAAUUAUAAGGCUUACAACAAAGCUGUUACAGCAAGAUGUGCAUCUCAUUUGUAAAAUGUGACUGAGCUAAACUGAUUGAUGGUAAUGUUUAUAAAUAAAAUAUGUGACCAUUA